GAGAAUGAAAGGGAGGUCAGUAUGCGAACGCGAGCGGCACUACUUUUCACAUUGUUUGUUUGCGUUCUCAUCCACACUCAAUGACGGAUAAUUAGCGCACACUAGCGAAUGUGGUUUACUCGCAAGGUUGGUACCUUAAAACCAAAGAGAGAGCAGUGGGUUUGUUAGUAAGCGUUCCUUCCAUCGGAGAGUGUACAGCGGUCCCAUACUUCUGGAAGACAGAGGAGGACCGCAUUUGGCUGUUUGGCUCGAAGUGCCGAGUGCCGAGCCCGGACUACUGAAGACCAUGAGACGCCUUUCUAACGAAGGCCACAUUGCCGUGGUUUGGUGAAGUCAAGAUUGGUGUGUUUUGCUCUGUUUGCGAUUUCUUUCAUAUUGGACUUGUGAAGCAUUACUCUACCAGACUCAUCAACAAAAUCCUCUAGAAGUGCCACGGGGACGGCGGACAAGUUUCCAAGUGCAUCAGAAGGAAAGCAUCGACAAGUCCAUGAACGGCAAACUCAUGCAUUGGGAUUUUUUUCUAAUGCAAAUGGAAUUAACAGGCUCAUAAGAAACGCAUGUGUCAUACGGGCUCAGCAUUAAGCGCAACUCUGCAGCCGUCGCAAUGACAACUUUUGCCGGUUUAGCACAACGCGCCCACAAACAUUUAUGGCACUUUGGCUGCGUAGUUAUCUGUUUGAGCUAUUUAUGUAUAGCUUCUCCUACUCGUGGUGGACGAUUAAUAUGCUGGCAAGCUAUUAUGAACUGUCACCGCGAAAGCGAGUGUGCGUAUGCGUAUGAGCAAUAUACGCACGCCUGUAAACCCAUGUUCAACGGACAGAAGAAAAAGUGUCCAAGUCACUGUAUCUCCUCCUUGGUACAGCUCAAUCUUACCGUAAACGGCCCGGCUUUGGAGGACUGCAGCUGUGACAGGGAUGAAACAUGCAGGAAGACCAAACGCGCUAUCGAGCCUUGCAUUCCCAGAACCAGCAGCAUGGGAUGCACAGCGGCACGUAUUCAAUGUCAAAAAGACUCAGAGUGCCGAAAUGCCAUGAACAGUUAUUUAAGACACUGUGGGAAACUUUUCAGUGGAGAAACUUGUACGAACGCUUGUCGAGAUGUGAUCUCUUACAUGCGAGAGAUACCCAAGGCGCAAAGCCUGGAGACCUGCGUGUGCGAUGGGAUUGAAAGGACUAUUUGUGAGUUCAUGAAACACAAUAUGAAAAGACUUUGCUUUGAGAGACCGUCCGAUGAAGAGGAAGGUAGUGGACCCGACGAUGAAGAUAAAGAUGGUAGUGAUUAUUACUGUUCCACCACGCCGGAAGACACUGUAGACACUGGUUGCUCGCUGAGUGCUCAGAGUAUUUUGACUCUGGUGGCAUCCAUCUUGGUUCUUCUGCAAAUUCUCUGAUGCUGAAGUGAAUAACUCGCUAAGACUGUUGUCUGGGCGGCGGGACGGGCAGAAACGUGUCUUCUGUCGCUCACUUUUGCCUUCAAAUAUACAACUGUCGAAUGAAUUCGACUCCAAAGAGUAGACUGAGAAGCAAGCUUUGUACGAUUGGUUGCUCAAAUGCAUUGGGUGAACUUACAAUGCGUUGUGAUUGUCUAUGCAAGUGUACAUGUUUUGGCUGUGGGAAAACACACCUUCACGUUGUCAGUAUGUCACAGUAUUUAUUUGUACUCUAAAGGCCUGACAUGGCAAUACCGACGUGGCUACCAAAUACCUAAGCUUGUUCUAACACUACUGCCUUAAAGUAUAUUAGAGGUUUGUGCCAUCUUAGUGUUUGUGUCCUAAGAGAAAGCCUGUAGUUUGCAUUUUUUGUCAUACUGAACUCAAAAUGUUGCCUUUGACAAAUGUGUGCAUAAAUUAUUUUAUUUUCAUACAGAGUUUUAUCAAUGCAAGUUUUAAUCAUAAAGCUGUGCACUGCCAAUAUUGGACUAGUGUUUAAAAGAAAAUAUAUUUUGAUAUAAAGUUGCCUUUUAUGUUUAAGUGGCCAAGUGACAUCUCUUAGUCUAUUAAAUGCUGGAAUGAAUUGUGGAUAGACUCAACGAUCCAUUUAAGGUACAAUAUAUCAUCUACAAAUAUAUGUUGUAAAAAUGAAUCACUGCACACUUAGUGUAAACAGUUACAGAUUUUUGUUUUAAAAAGUAUUCCAGUUUUAAAGGGAAAGUAGGUAUUUGAUGUAUUGUUUUCCUUUAAAAAGUAUUGUACAGUGUAUUAUAUAAAUUUCCAGAGAAACCUUUAAUUAUGUUAUCAAAAGAUGAAUUAUUCACUGUGUAGAAAUGUCUAAAUCCACUGUAUGACUGCCUCAAUGAUGUACUUUUAUAGAAGGCAUAAAAGAGAAGUUAAAGAAAUCAA